GAGCACUUAUUAUACCAAGAAAAGUUAUGAUGCUAUUUCGAUAGAAAAUAAAAUAAUAUCCAAUAUAUAUUUACUUUAUCUAACGAAAAAUAUUUUUAAAUAUAUAAUAUUCGCCAGAUAUAAUCCAUUAAAAAAUUACUCGUUACACAAAAAUAUUAAUUUUGAUUCUGUUCUUUUAAAUAUGAUAAGUACAUUUACAAAUGAAGAGUUAUAUGAUUAUACAACCUAUUUUAAGAAAAUUACUAAAAAAGACAUGAACAAAAUUAAAGAUAAAAAAAAAAUUGAAAGAAUGGAUAUAUUUGAUAUAUUUAUUAUUCCAUCUACUAACUAUAUAAAAUUCGAAUCUAUUUUAUCGAAACUCUUUAAAGCCUUAUUUGAUUGUGGUGGGAAACAUAUAUCGAAGUUGUUAAAAAUUGCAAUACUUAGAUCACAUUAUGAUAUGUUAUAUAAUUUUAAUUGUUAUAAUUAUCAACUAUAUAGCUUUCUAACGAAUCUUCUCGAUCUUCAUGAAUAUUUUUAUGAAUAUGCAGAUUUAAGCGACUUAUUUAAAGAAAGUCAAAUCAUUUUGAAAGAAUUGAUAAAGUUAACUCUUCAAGAAAUGAAUAAUCUUAUUCCCUUCAAUGAAGACAAGUAUAUGAUAAAAUAUCUCAUCAUAAUAUUAUACUUUGGAAAUGAUAUGUUUUGCCUUGAUAAAGAAAAUUCUGUGUACAUUCAAUUAAUUCAUGAAUUGAGACCCCUUAAUAUUUUCCAUGCUAUAAUUUUGGCAUACCUUUCGGGAGAUAAAGUUGGUACCUUAUGUACAAGAAUUGACAUGACGAAAGAAGACAAAUCAAUCAUAUAUGUAAAGAAGGAUAAUGUUCAUAGAGAUAAAGAUAUAACAUCAUAUAAAUACGAUAAUAUUAAUUACAUUACUUAUGAUGAUGAUAACUAUUAUAUACAAUAUAAAUGUACAGGUAAUUGUAAUAAAAAUGAUUACGCUCUUUCAUUUAUAAAAAAAUUUAAUAACAAAUAUUAUGGAGAUUUGCAUGUUACUAUAAGACCAUCAAGUGAAUAUACGCUUGGAAUAAUUUUAAUAUCUUUUAUGGCAUCUGUUGUUUUUAUUGUUGGAGAAUUACAUAAAGCUAUGAAAAGAAUAUAUGUAUAUAGAAUAUUCAAAAAUAUUUUUAUAAAAAAUUAUAAUCAUAAUAUAACAAAAUAUUAUACCUUUUGGAACAGCAAAUUAUAUGCAUUUGAACAAUAUGAACCUGAAUGUAUUGUUUUAUUUAAUAAAUAUAAUUUAUAUGAAAAAUAUAAUUUACACAAAACGUCUAUAUGGAAUUCUUUAAAAGGAUCCAAUUUAAAUAAUUUAAAGGAGUAUAAAAUCAAUAUUUUGGAUACAAAUUAUGAAAAAAGUAAUAUAAAUAAUAAUGAAGAAUUAAUCAAAUAUUUUGAUUUGAAAAAGGAAACAUGCUUAUGUAAUCGAAAUAUGAUAAAUAAAUCAAAAGGUGAUUUUGUUGUUAGUCAAUAUUUACAAAUAAGAUAUAAUUUUAUGAAUAAAAUUAAAAAAAGAAAUAAAGAAUUAUAUGAAAAAAUGUUAAAUUAUAAUUUUUUUAAUGAUCCUUUAGAUAUAUCUUAUAAAACGAAAAAAUUUCAAUAUGAAAAAUUAAUUGAUAUAUGUAAAGAUAUGAAGUUUGAUAAAAACCGUUUAUGUCUCUUUCAUAAAUCAAGAAUUAUAUUAACAUAUUUAUAUUUAUUAUCUCCUUAUCCACAAUUUAUAUUUUAUGUAAUCAGUCCUCUAGUUUUUAUUAAGCCACAAAAAUAUUGUGAUGAGUAUGACAUACCUUUAGUACUAAAUAAUAUGUUAAAAAAUAGAAAUUUCUAUAAAAAAAAUGCACAAAUAUGUAUUAAUUAUGCUUUUGCCCACUUUAUAUCAUCUGGAGAUAAAACAACUAAUCUAGUAAUUACAGCUAAGAUAAGUGGUACUAUGGUCAAUAUCAGCAAACAUAAUUUGUUAUUACUUUUACCCCUUAGUAAAAGAGUUGAUAUAUUAGAUUACUCUAAAAAUAAUGAAUAUGAUAUAAAAGAAGAAAUAUUAAAUGAAUAUUUUAUUUUAGGUAAUCCAUAUACACCUAUUAAUAUUAUUGCUUAUAGUUUUCAAGACUAUGAUAAUAUAAAAAAAAAUUCACAUAUUACUAUAUCAGGGGCUUUUAUAAAACGAUAUGAUCAAAAAUAUGUAACGUAUAAUACUAUAACAAAAAUCUAUGAUGAAAAAACACAUUGUACAAAUAAUCAUUCCUUUGAACAUAAAGGAAAAUUGUUAUGCUUCUGUGAUAUUCUAUCCAAACAAAAAAAUACAAAUUGUUUAUAUCCAUUUUGUGAAAAGACAAAAAAAUUUUGUUAUUUAAAUGAAGAAUGUAUAAAUGGAGAAUGUGUUUGUAUUAAGGGGUAUUCAAGAAAUCCAAUGAGUUCUAUAUGUGAGCAAAAUAACGAAUGUGUAUUAGAUCCUAACAACACAUGCGAAAGCCCAGGAAAAUGUGUACUAGCCAAAAAUAGGUAUAUUUGUUUAUGUCCUUAUCCCUAUGUAAGAAUAUUAAAUAAUUGUUUACAUCCAUUAAAGGGAAUUAAAAUAGGGUUAUAUAUUUUUAAUAAUUUUCAUAAUCAUUUCUCAAAUGACGAAGAUGACGCUUCGAAAAAGGAGAGGUUUUAUUCAAAUGUUUUUGGGUCCAUGUCAGACUACAUAAAGGAAGCAAUAAAUGACAUUACUAAACACGACUUAAAAUUAAGAGUUCACGUCAAACCCAUAAAAAAAAUGAAAAACGCUCUAAAGGCAACAGUAAUAAUUAGCCAAAGAAAUAAUCCUAAUGAGCCUACACCUAUAGAAGUAUUUAACAUAUUUCUAAAUCAAUUAAGUGAUUCAACAUCAGCUUUGAAUAAUGGAUUUUUUUCUUAUUUUGCACGUUUCACAUAUAUUGAUUAUGUGGAAUCUUUUUCUAGAAAUGACCAUGUCAUACCUUUUUACCAGAACUAUAUAAAAUAUAUACCCAUAUUUCUCUUAAAAAUUUUCCAAGGAGAUUCAUUUAAUGAUAUAUCAUUUAUAGCUUGUGUUAAUUUUAUUAUACUCAUUGGAGUCACUUUUCUUUUACUUUCUUAUUUUGUUUAUUUAUUUGUUAAAUUGAAAUUCUUCCAAGUACAAAGGGUCAAAGCUUUUUAA